GCAAAUCAAACGGACGGAGGGCGGGGGAACAGUCACCGGUGAGGGACAUCUGAUCGGUUUGCUUGAUGGUGCCGGCGCAGAUUCCAUUACAGUGUCUGAAGAUCCAGUACAAGGUGCUUUGGGCCUGAAAAUGGACUCGAUUUCCCUGCUGGGCAGCAGUCCGGCCAGCACCAAAGCCUGCUUCUUACCCAAUGGCCUGAAGAACUGCUCCAAAGAGGGAUCCGGCAAGCCCACAGUCGGCAUCAUUGGCUCUGGUGACUUCUCCAAAAGCUUGACCCUCCGCCUGCUUCGUUGUGGCUUCCACGUGGUGGUGGGCAGCCGACAGCCCAAAAGAGUGGCAGAAUCCUUCCCGCACGUGGUAGACGUGACCCAUCACGAGGACGCGUUGGGAAAGGCCAACAUCGUGUUCCUGGCCAUCCGCCGAGAGCACUAUUCCACCCUCUGGGACAUCAAGCACCUGCUAGCUGGAAAAAUACUGGUGGACGUCAGCAACAACAGACGGCUGAACCAGUUUCCAGAGUCAAACGCAGAAUAUCUGGCAUCCCUCUUCCCAGAAUCCACUGUGGUCAAAGGCUUUAAUGUGAUCUCAUCCUGGGCCAUGCAGUCGGGCCCCAGAGAUUCCAGUCGACAGGUGUAUAUUUGCAGUAAUUCAGCCGACGCUCGACAGCAGCUCAUAGAAAUGUCCCGUCAGCUCAGCUUCAUCCCAGUAGACAUGGGCGCUCUUUCCUCUGCCAAAGACAUCGAAAACAUGCCCCUGCACCUCUUCACAGCCUGGAAAGGACCUGUCCUGACCGCCGUGGCCUUGUCCAUCUUCUUCUUCGCCUACUCUUUUGUGCGGGACAUUAUCCAUCCGUACAUGAAGACCAGGCAGAGCUUCUUCUAUAAGAUCCCUCUGGAAAUAGUGAACAGGACGCUGCCUGUGGUGGCCAUAGUUCUGCUAGCCCUGGUGUAUUUAGCGGGACAGCUCGCAGCCGCGUAUCAGCUCAUGUACGGGACCAAGUACCGCCGUUUUCCACCCUGGUUGGAGGGUUGGUUGGAGAGCCGCAAACAGCUGGGUUUGUUGAGCUUCUUCUUCGGCUGUAUUCAUGUGCUGUACAGCCUGUGUCUGCCUAUGAGGCGCUCGGAGAGAUACCUGAUGCUCAACAUGGCCUAUCAGCAGGUUCAUGCGAACAUCGAGAACUCGUGGAAUGAAGAGGAGGUGUGGAGGGUGGAGAUGUACGUAUCCUUCGGCAUCAUGGCUCUGGGGCUUCUCUCUCUAUUAGCAGUCACUUCUAUUCCCUCAGUCCAUGAUGCACUCAACUGGCGGGAGUUCAGCUUCAUCCAGUCCACUCUAGGCUACAUCGCGCUGCUCAUCUCCACAUUUCAUGCUCUGCUCUUCGGCUGGCAGCGGGCGUUUCUAGAGGAGUCCUAUCGUUUCUACAUGCCGCCCAAUUUCGUCCUGGCCCUGAUUUUACCUGUGACCGUCAUCAUCGGAAAAAUAGUGCUGCUGCUUCCCUGUGUGAGCCGGAAACUGAAGCGCAUCCGACGAGGAUUAGACUCCCAUCAGAGCCGCACAAACCACGAGAGACCGGCUGCUCACGUCUCACCAGAGAGGGUCACCAUCAUGUGAAAAUAGUAGGGUAAAAAAAAAAAUUGUUAGCAUCAUAAUUCUCCAGCUAAUUGAUUACAUCAAAGCAGUGUUUCUCAACCACGUUCCUGGAGGACUACCAGCUCUCCACAUUACCUUGUCUCCUUAACCAAACACACCUGAUUCAGAUCAUCAGCUCAUUAGCUGAGACUGAAAGACCUGGAAUGGGUGUGACAGACAAAGGAGACAUCUAAAACAUCCAGUGUUGGUGGUCCUUCAGGGAUGUGGUUGAGAACCACUGUAUUAAAGGAAUAGUUUACCCAAAAUCGAAAAUUCUGCCAUAAUUUACUCACUGUAAAAAAUGCUGAAUUCCACAUAAUCAAUUUGUUUUGCUACAACAUGAAGAAAAGGGUUUCUGUGGCAUCUUAAAAUCUAAAUUUUGGGCCUUAAAAUUCCUACAUUUACUGAAAUAUUGUGUUGUAGGUUUAAAUCUUUUUUUAAAAAGUCUUAAUUUUCCUUUGUUCAUGUAUUGCUACCCAAUUCGGACAAAACCAUACAAUCACUAACAAUCCAUCUCAAUAAAACUUGUAACUUUUUUUCAAAAAGGCAAAUUUUAACUCUAUAUAUUAUAGUGGUUUAAUUACUUUCCUUACAAUAACAUUUGUUUAAAAGUGCUCUAGGAAUUAAUGCUAAGGACACUGACCUGGACAGAUUGUUGUGCAUAGAUUUAAAUUUUUAUAGUUUUUAAAACUUUUAAAACAUUUGUUCAUUUUUUAUUUUAAAGAAAUAUGUUGGGAAAAAAGUGUAGGUAUACAAGUAGAGCUUGAUGGUUUUUACACAAUAUUUAAAACAUUUUGCUAAGAAAUAUCUAUUAUAUUUAUUUUUUAUUAUUGAUUUAUUAUUGUAUUAUUAAAUGUAUUCAAUUAUAAUAAUUAUUUGAUAGGGCAAAUAAAAAUCUUUUCCAUCUGGGCCAUUUGAAAAAUUCGCCCUGUAUGAGUCUUACAUUUCAUUCAUAAUGGUCUUAAAAGUUUAUUAAAAAGUCCUAAAUUUAACGUGGUGAAACCUGCAGAAACCCUGGAAAUCAAGUUAACUUAUACGUUUUUACAAAUGUAAGUAGAUUGAAAAAAUCCCCCCCCCCCAAAAAAAAUUGGGUUAUUUCAGCUAAUUUUAAAACACCAAAUGUUUUUUUUUUUGAGUGCUUGUCACAAACAUAUUUAUCCAUAUUUUUUGUAGAUAUUUUGAAAAAUGUUAAAAAUCUGUAACCGUUGACUUCCAUAAUAUUUGUAUUUCCUACUAGAGGUCAGUGGUUACUGGUGUCUUUUUUCAAAAUAUAUUUUUUUGUGUAAAAUACUUUCUUUAGAAACACUUGAGGGUGAGAAAUGAAUUAGUACAUUUUCAUUUUUGGGUGAACUGUCCCUUAAGUGUCACAACAUGUUACUUUUACUUAUGCAAAUAGGCAUUUUUUUAUUUAAAUAUGCACUAAUUGCAUACAUUUGUUGGACAAAAAUCAUUGGAUAAAGUUGAGUUCAAAUUGUUUUGACAUUAAAUUCAUAGGUUUUUACAGCCUGAUCUCAUGAGAAAAAGUAACUGUUUUACAUUUUGCCAGUUUAGUGGCUAAUUCGUACAAAUUUAUAUGCAUUCAGUCAUACGAAAAUGUACAAUUUUUAUGUACGACGGCACCCAACCCCACCCCUAAACCUAACCGUCACUGGGGCAUAAGCAAAUCAUAUUAAAUUGUACAAAUGAGCCACUAAAUCAAAGAUUUACGAACUGCUGUGAGAUGGCGUUGGUUUUUACAGAGGAGAUUGUAGCAUAAAAUGUUGUAUUUAACCAGGCAAGUGAACAUCUUACUCUGUAAAAACCUUCAGAAUACAGAUUUGAAUAAAACUGUGAAGUCUGGUGUGUGUAAGUGCAGGAGAGAAAACUAAUUUUGAGAAAGUGACCUGUUAAAACCAUUGUUGUAAGUGAAAUCUAGAGACUCUAAUGAUAAAGUGUGGCAAAAAGAACACUUAAAAGGGUAUUUUGGAUGUUUUCUUACCAUUCGACUAAAAAAAAAAAAAAACACAAUGUUUGACUGGAGUGUCUCACUUUAAUGUCAAAGUCAAUUCUAAGCCUUUUAUUUCUAGCUGUGCUGAUCGUGUAAUGAUGGCCACUGUACAUCACAUUUAUAACAUGACAUUUAUUGGUGAAUGAUUCGUGGACAGUUCUGGACAUGUGAUUUCACUGACCCCCUGAUGUUAAAGAUCUUUUUAUACAUAAAUAUGUAAAGGUUAUUACAAAAAUAGCACAUAAACAUGGUUCUAAAAGAAAACAAAAAAAUUAAACAUUAUCUUUGUGGUCAAGAUACUGCUCACUUUCUUGUUACAUUAACUAUGUUAUGUGCGUUAACCAUAAAUGUUAUCUUUUAUUUAUUUCACUUGUUACUGCCCUGCUUCACUGAGAAAUGUGUCAUGUUACAGAAGUUACACAAUGUCCUACACAGACUCUCCAUUAAACAUGUCAUGCUAAAACACUGCUAUUUUCCACACUGUUUUUUUGUGAACUGUAAUUAAAGCGGUUU